AUAUUCAGAUUUCUUAGUUUAUGAAAUUGAUCAAGAUGAAAAUAUUGUUCACAUUACUAAUACUGAUAUACCAAAUGCAAAUGUUCAAUCCCUUGAUACAUCUAACAAUGACAUACCGGUUAUUUCAACUGAUCAAAUAUUUCUGGACAUGAAAUCUUUACUUGGUGAUGAAACUACUGAAAAGCCGGAAAAAGAUAAAGAUAAACGAACUAUAAUCCAUAAAUUUUUCAAAAAUCAUUUUGGUAAUAAAUUAAAUACUGAAACUAAGGAGGGUGCAAUUAGAAUAAGCAUGCAUACUUCAAAGACUCGAAAUGACCGUAGAAAUAAAAGGCAUGAGUUGGACCAGUGGGCGACGUUGGGUGGUUCCUUUUGUCGUUUUGUACUAUUUAAAGAGAACCGUGAUACCAUGGAAGCAAUUAACUCAUUAUGCAAGAAAAUGAA